UACCGCGUUAUUUGCGUUUUAAGGAGGCAGAACUAAAAAGUGACGCCGUCAUUAAUGAAACGAGCAUGAAAACUGCAGCCUUAGCUCGCUAGCAACAUCGACGCUGCUGUGAGCUUAACUAGAAAUGGAGGACAGAAUGCUCAAAGUAACUAAACACAGCGGAGUGUUGUAGACCUAUUUAUCCUCACGGUUAAAACAUGAAUAUCAAUUACUGUCGUGAAUUCACAGUCAUGGUGCUUUUAGCGUUAUGCUUGAAUCGGUGUGUAGAACCCCGUCUGAAAAUCUGCAGAGAAAAAGGCGAGAGCGAUCCCAGUGCGGUGGUUACAGAAGCUGGAACCGAAGUGACUUUGCCCUGCAACGCCUCGAGCGUGCAGAGCGGCGUGCUGUGGAGACUCAAUGGCAGCGCCUUGCCUCCAAGCGUGAGCCACACUCUAAACGCAAUGGGCUCCAUCACUGUUGAGGGCACGGCUCUCUCGGCCAACGGAGUGUACAGCUGUCACAACAAUGUCAGUGGGGAACAACUGAUAAACGUCACUUUGGAAGUUGGAUAUCCACCAGAGAGACCCAAUGUGAGCUGUAGAGCUAUUAACCCACACAAGGUGAUUUGCAAGUGGACCUCUGGCAGAGAAACGUUUCUUCCCAUCAAGUUUACCGUAGUCGUCAAAUCAAAGGACGCCGAUAUCAAAUGCAUCCCAAAGCGCCGCCGAAAUGAAUGUUCCUUUGCCGGCAAAUACAACGAACCGUAUCCCUACGCCGUGACUGUGGUUGCUAAAAAUGCACUUGGAUGUGAAGGAAGUGAAACUGCAAAGUUUUCCCUGAAGUCAAUCCUGAAACCAGACCCACCCAUCAUUCUAAAAGUAAUUCCAGGCCAGGGACGCCAGAAGCAUGUAUGGGUGAUCUGCUCGUAUCCAAGCACGUGGCACCACGCAAACAAGGGGUUCACGCUCACAGCUGAGCUGGAGUACAAAUCAAUGGAAGAGAAAAAUUACAGACAGUAUCCUGAUAAAUCGAAGAUCAAGAUCGCCACGUCUCGCGAAAAUGUAUGGGUGUUCAAAAUCCUUGAUUCCCAUCCUGGCACCUCGCGCGUGAUACGCGUGCGCGCCAAGGAUUUCCUCGAUUAUGGAAGAUGGAGUGACUGGAGUUCACCGACUUACGUAAACACAUCAAACGAAGAUGAAUCCAAAGUGGACAUUCCUAAGAAAUUUAACAAUGCGGCAAGCACAACAAUUUAUAUAGAGAGCUCAGUGGAGUCUGAGCCGACACAAUAUCCAGAUGCUCUGAAAAAAGUCUAUCUGCAUGGUGGGACAAGCAUGAUAAGCUUAUUUUGUAUUGUUCUGUGUUCAGCCUGCCUUGCUCUGGCCACAUUAACUGUCACUGCCUUCGUGUACUUAAAAAAGAGGCGAAAAGAAGAUACGAGACAUCAGGAUGCCGUGGCAAGACAGGAAUUGGAGCCCUUAGCUGCUCCUGUUAUUUUGAUGAAUGGGGACAUGACCAGCACCGAUCCCAUCCACGAUACACCUCCCCAGGAUGAUGUCACUCGCAUAAAUUUAGACGAAUCCAAUCCCUUCCUGCAGGUCUUUGGAGAACCAAGACUUCCCAUCAACAACAACGUGAUAAACUCUGAAUACUUUUACAAACGUAUGAAAACGUCUUUUUUAUUCCAAGAAACACAGGUUUAG